AUGUCGGGACCCGCAUUUGAGCCAAUCCCGCGUCCGUCAUCCACCGACACUUUAAUCGAUCCUAGCGGAGAUCACUUGACAGAGGAAGAGAGCCAUGCUAUUUUGGCCCUUUUGAAGCUUUCUGGCCGCAGCCCUCUCGAAAUGAGAACAGCGGAAAUUCAGCUUAGUUGGCACUACGGCUACCCCGUUGCACCCUUACCGGCCGUUUUACCUACACCCAUAGUGUAUUAUCCUUACAGCUUCAAUCCUGUCAACCCUGGAGCGCCUCCCCCUUUGAAUACUUCUGAAGAUUUUGAGGACUUCACGGACUCUAGUCUGAGUGAUGUAAGCUCAGUCUUAGAGGAAUAUAGUUUCUGCACGACCCCGCCACAGUCUCCCGGAACUGCUUUUGCAACAAAUAUAUAUCUGGGGUUGCGCAACAUACCCAAUUACGCACUGGAAAGCACACCUCCAGAAAGCGAUUCCUCAAUCACGGAAAUGGAGUAUUCCUCCCUGGAUUCUCUUUCAGAUGAUGGAACAUCCAAGAUCUCUACCCUUGACGGAAUUGGCGCCACUCUAAAUGGCCCGACCAAGGACGUGAGGAUGACAGAGUUUUCGCCAAAAAUUACAAGCUCGUCUCGUGGAGCCCGGGCUAGGGCCAACACACAAAAACCAGCUGGCACACUCAAAGCGCAGUCAGCCCAGCAACCAAGCAGACGGUCUACACGACAACGGAAGGACAGUCGACGUUUGAUUGAGGCUAAAGAGUCUGAAAAGUUGCAAGGUUCCUGA